AUGCAGCCAAGCUCAUUAAUGUCUCUCACAGAUGACAAGCUUGCGCGCUUUGCGCUUGGUCACCAAAAGAAAACCAAGUUCCAAAAGGAGCGAGAAGAUCGAGAGGCCAAAAAGCGGCAAGCGGAUGAGGAAGCAGCGAGGAUUUAUGCAACCUUCGUAGCAUCUUUUGAUAAUGAAGACGAAAUAAAAGGCAAAGCUUUUGUACGAUCAGGUGCGCAUGCGGAUAAAGGCGAUACAAGGACGAGAGGAGCUGAAUAUAGACUGCAAGGAAAGAAAGAGGCUGUUCCAUUUGUUUUGGAAAGAAACGUGUCAGAAAUGGACAAAAUGCUGCAUGAAAUCAAACAGAAAGAUGCCGAACAGAUGAAGCGGAGAGAUGAGGCUCAAGUAAUAAACAGGCCGAAAAAACGACGUGCUAUUGAUGAUUUCUUGGAGGAAAUGAAGGAGCGAGGUCCAGUGUCUGUCUCGGUAGAGGGACUAGGGAUGUCAAAAGGCUCAUUUGAUACUGGAGAUCCGGAAACGACGAAUCUAUAUGUUGGAAAUUUGGCUCCCACUAUCACAGAAGAAGUUUUAAAGGCGGAAUUUGAACGCUACGGAGAGGUCUGUUCAGUCAAGAUUAUGUGGCCCCGUUCAGAAGAAGAGCGCGCUCGUAGGCGAAAUUGUGGGUUUGUUAGCUUCUAUGAGCGACGUGACGCUGACGAAGCACGCGUCAACCUGGAUAACAAGCAGUUGGAAGGUCAGCCAAUGAUUGUUGGAUGGGGCAAAGCUGUAAAAGUUCCAUCUCGGCCUCGCAAUCUUGUGUCAUCGAAAAUACUGGAAAAUUCUGUUUUACCACCCCGUACAACAUCUAAUGUGUCCAACCUUUUUGUCAAGUCAGCUGAAGUACCGAUUAUCAAGAUCGAGAUGCCUACUGAUCAAGAGGUCAAAUGGCGCGUAGAUCGACUUGCUCGCUAUGUUGCAAGCGAUGGACUCCAAUUUGAAAAUAUUGUGCGCAUGCGCGAAGCAAACAACGAAGUCUACAAGUUUCUUUUUAAACCUGACUCGGCUAUUGGAUUGUACUAUCGAUGGCGAGUCUACUCGUUUGCAAUGGGAGACGACGAGCACUCAUGGCGUAGCAAACCGUUUCAAAUGACACUGGAUGGCCCUGUGUGGUACCCACCUAAGACAUCUUCUACAUCAUUUAGGCAAGAAUUUCUUUCCACAUCACCGAAACGCUCAAGUCGGCAGAGAAGAAGUCGAAGCUACAGUAGGAGCAGAUCGCGAAGCAUUUGCCCGAAUCCCGAAAGGCUUAGUCGAAAAAGCCGAAGUAGAGGUCGUUAUCGUAGCCGUAGUAGCUCAGCAAGCCCUGAUGAUCGCAAAAUGGGAAGAAGAAGUCGUCGGCGUCCUCGCAAAUGUCGUGGUCGAAGUCGAAGCCGAAAUCGUCGAAGCCGUUCUUGUUCAUCGGAUAUUUCGGAAUCCAAAAGACGUUAUUGCCGCCCCCGCUUUCGAUCUCGUAAGAAUGACCAAUGGCGUCAGAAAAAUGAUUGCGAUAUAAGCGAAGAACGAAGGCGUUCGGAUGCUCAACGUGAAGAUAGACAAGAGUAUGUAGAAAACGAAGAGCAACUUCUCACAGGACAACAAAUUGCUCGAGCUCGUAACAUGAAGAGAGGGAGAGAGCGUUGUAGAUUGUCGAAUCAAGACUAUGACUCGUUCAAAAAUUUGCUUGAGAAGCUGACAUUAGAGCGAGAAUCCGUGAAGAAAGCGAUGGGUUUUGCUUUGGACAAUUCCGAGGCCGCGGUUGAUUUAGUUUAUAUAAUUUUUGACUCAUUCAAAGAGUCGACUUCAUCGGGCUUGAUGCUUGUUGGAUUGUUAUACGUGACGUCCGAUAUUCUGUACAAUAGCUCGGCUGCUGUAAAGAAUGCCUCACUCUUUCGAACGACAUUUCAGGAAUGCCUACCUGAAAUUAUGGAUAUUUUGCGCAUGGCCCACAAAAAUAUUCUUGGCCGUAUGUCUGCCAAUGCGAUGAAAGAAAGGGUGACGAACGUGUUGACAGCGUGGGAAAACUGGAGUCUUUUUCCUCCUGCAGUGCUAGUAGGGCUCCAUGCAACUUUUUUGCGUAGAGAGGAAGAAGACGACUACAUUGCUGCUCGCAAUUUGAGGUUCGAUGACAUCACAGAUUCAGAGAUAGAGCGACUACGUAAAACAUGCCGACAGUCUGGCAUAGUAGCCACUGGGGGUGUGAAGCAGUUGCUAGCGCGGUUGCAGUGGCUAAAGGAAUUCACAUCUCCAACUACGCAAGCUUCUUCCAAGACAACUAUUGCUGCAGAUAAUCAGGUUUGUACCGAUGUGACUGUCAAUCAAGCUGGUUUAAAAUCAGAUUCAAGCAAUGCAGUAUCAAUUGACCUUAGCGAAUCAAGCAAAGAGAAGAAAGAAGACACGUUUUUAGUUAAAACACUUUUGGAUAAAGAUCUGGAUGGCGAACCCAUCGAAGAAGAAAACGAUACUGUAGGAAGCUUUGUAGAUGAAGGUGUUCUGGGAGAUGAAGCACUUGAUGGAGAGCCAUUGGAUGGAAGGGACUCAGCUGAAGGAGACUUUGAUGGAGAGUCGCUUAAAAGUGACGAUUUAGAUGGUCCCUUCGACAAAGAGGAAAUGAACGGAAAGCCUUUCUAA